UGUCCAUUCUCUUAUAUACCCCACUCCAACCAGCGCAGGCCAGCUUCAUCAAUGGCGGGCGGGUGCAAGGCGGCGAUCGGGUGCGUGGACGCGCGGGUGCCGGUGCGUGCCAGCUACGUCAGCCUCUACAAGUGGCCCGAGUCCGACGCCGAGUUCGUCCGCUCCGUCGCCAUGGCGCGCCGAGGCCACCACCACCACCACCCGGACAGGGACAGCCCCGGCAUUGUGUCGCGCCGCGGGGCUGCUGGCGUCGACGUCGGCGGAGACAGCCCGCGGGUGGUGGACAGCUACUCGUGCCGCCAGAUGUACCUCCGCAGCUACACCUUCUCCACGAGGAAGGAGACCGUGCCCGAGCGCACCAUGGCGUGCCUCGGCCGCGUCCGGGACCGCGCCGCCGUCUUCCCCAGCUUCCUCCCGCACCGCGGCGGCGGGUCCGACGCCGGAAGCUCCUCCUUCGGCAGCUCGAGCGGCGGCGGUGGAGGCCAGUGCUCCGGGAGGGACCAAGACGGGCGCCGCGGGACUGCUGGCGGCGGCAGCGGCGGGAGGAGGAAGCGGAGGAGGAAGAAGAAGGGGUGCGCCGUGGUGAGGAGGCUGCAGGAGGCGUCGUGCGGCGCGGUGCGCGCCAUCUUCCGCCGCCUGCUCGCCUGCACCACCACCGUCGACGUCGAGGUCGCCGAGCCGCCGCCCGGCCGGUGAAUGCCGCUGUGUGCAUUGCAUGCCCCGGCCAGACUUAUCCUCGGUGGAUUUUUUGGCAUUCUAUUUCCUACCGUAGUAAUUAUUCUAUAUAUUCUAAACAGUUUUCUACUCGAGUUAACUACAGUACAGUAGUAGCUUCCACUCGUAGCAAAUGAGUAACAUAUAUAUCAUCACCUUGUAACUUAUUUGUGAUUGUGCUAUUUAUUCCUUGUUACACCUAUGUA